GCACGUGUGCGGCCCAGCUUUUGAUCCGACGGCUGAGAUGAUCGCGUCAGCUUAAAGCUACUCGAGUUUAGCACAAUUUCAAAAAGUCCUCCGCAAAACCUACGCUACGUUUUUAGGGCUCCGGAAUAUAUAUACGCGCACACACAAACGCAGCGCAUAUAUCUGAACAACCUCACGCUCUCUCUCUCCCCCGAUUCUGUUUUGUGCCUACUCUAACAAGACAGCAGCUAUCAAAAUGGCGUUGCCAAAUCAGCAGACUGUGGAUUACCCGAGCUUCAAGCUUGUAAUUGUUGGUGAUGGUGGUACAGGGAAAACUACAUUCGUAAAGAGGCAUCUCACUGGUGAAUUUGAGAAGAAAUAUGAGCCUACAAUUGGUGUGGAAGUUCAUCCCCUCGAUUUUUUCACCAACUGUGGGAAGAUCAGAUUUUAUUGCUGGGACACUGCUGGUCAGGAGAAAUUCGGUGGCCUUAGGGAUGGAUACUACAUCCACGGGCAAUGUGCCAUUAUUAUGUUUGAUGUAACCGCUCGGUUAACUUACAAGAACGUCCCAACAUGGCAUCGUGAUCUUUGCCGUGUAUGUGAGAACAUCCCAAUUGUGCUAUGUGGAAACAAGGUUGAUGUCAAGAACAGGCAAGUGAAGGCCAAGCAGGUCACUUUCCACAGGAAGAAGAACUUGCAGUAUUAUGAGAUAUCCGCCAAGAGCAAUUACAACUUCGAGAAGCCCUUCCUGUAUCUUGCUAGGAAGCUUGCUGGGGAUCCUAACUUGCACUUUGUUGAGUCACCUGCUCUAGCUCCACCGGAAGUGCAGAUCGAUUUGGCUGCACAGCAACAGCAUGAAGCCGAGCUUGCUGCAGCGGCUAGUCAGCCCCUUCCCGAUGAUGAUGAUGAUGCAUUUGAAUGAGAGGUUAUCUUGUGAUGGUGUCCCAAGUUUUCUUGCGGAUUUUGUCUGGGGACCUCCCGGUCUUGGGGAGUAUAAGAGAGGAUUAAAUGAUGUGUAGGGCUUUGAACCAUAAUUUGAUUUGGUUGUGGGAAGAUGAUUUUAUGUCUUCUGAUACGAUUUCAUUUGCAUGUAGUCCAUAUUGUCAGUUGAGCUCUUUCGUUGUUUGAUGUUACUAUUUUUAUCGCACUCGUUUCGUUUCAUGUUUAAGCUCUGAAUUCUCUAGAGAGGGAAUCCCUGUUUUGAUACUCUUA